GCAGGGCCGGGCUCAGGUGUGCGGGAUGAGGGGCAGCAGUCUGGUGGAAAAAAGCCGAUUUCAUCCUCCUUCCUCCAGGCCAGUGGAAAAGGCCCCGGCCAUGUCCCGCCCGUGAUGCCGCUCGGUGAAGGCCCAAGCACAGGAAAUGUCCCCCGAGGAGCUCGCCGCCCUGCUCUGUGGGGAAGGGGACGAGCACCUCUCCCAGCAGGAAUUUCCAGCAGCCACGGCUUUUUACCUGGCCGCCUUCAGCUGCUGUGCCCCCACAGCAGUGCAGAGAGUGAACUCCAUGGCCCACGGGCUCUGGGAGCGAGUGGUGGCCACCUUGGAGGCCUGGUGCCAAGGCAAGGCUCAGAUCCCCAAAAUCCAGAGCAGGAACCUGGCCGUGGUGUCCCUCAGCGUGGGAAUAGCUGCGAUUUUCCUCUCCACCCUGAUCCCCAACAACUUGGUGGCCUCUGUGUACGAGCUGGAGGCCCUGCUGCGGCGAGGGUGCUCGGAGGAGGUGGUGAGAAAAUGCAGUCUCCUGCUGGAGGAUAACCCAAGGGGUUCCAUGGAGCUGCUGCUGCUGAGGGCGCUGGCACGGGUUCUCUCAGGGACACAGGUUGGGAAGGGAAUUAUGGAUUACGUCCAAGCCUUUUUGCUGCACCAAACUGAGGCAGCGGCCUACGUGUGCAGCAGGCAAAGGGAGCACCUGCCCCAGGUCGUCCAGGCUUUCUCUGAUCAUCUCUCCAUGUGCCAGGAGGGAAGCCCAAGCUGCAAAUCCUCGGAGAAGUGGCUGGGUGACUGCUACAGCUUCCUGGCUGCGGUGGCACCCGGGCACACCUGGGUGUGCAGGGCACGGGCAGCCCACCUCCGAAAAACAGGAGAGUUUCAGGAGUGUGUGGCUGUCUGCACCAGGGCCCUUGAGGGAUUCUCAGCUGAGAAUCUCAGAGGUGAGGAUGUUCUGGCUCUGCUCCUGGAGCGAGCUGCUGGGUAUUUCUUCCUGGGAGGAUGCACGCAGGAAAUGAUGCAGGAUUUAGCAGCAGCCUUUGCAGCAGACCCUGCCCAGGCAAUGAAACGCUUUGAAGAGCUUUUCUCACCCUGUGAUGCUGAGAAGGUCGAGGAGCAGGCCAGAGCUGCCCUGGAGGGGAGGUUUGCAGCAUACAGAGAGGCUGUGCGUGCUCGGGCUGAGCUCAGGGGCACUUGUGGCACUGAGCUGCUCCCUCCUGUCAUCCAGACAAUCCAGCUGCUCCUGCACAUCUGCCCAGGGUCCAGCCGGGAGCUCAGAGUCCGGCUGGCAGACUGUCACCUCCUGCAGGGACACCCCGGGGCCGCCCUGGACAUGUGUGAGCAGCUGCUGGCAGCAGAGCAGAGCACUUACCACAACACCCUGCUGGCACUGCGAGGCUUCUGCUCCCUCCACGCCCAGGACCACCAGGGAGCCCUGCAGGACUUCCAGAGGGUCAUCGAGCACGAGUCCCCACAUCCCAACAGCUGCAUCAAAGCCCUGUGUGGGCGUGGGCUGAUCCGAAUUUCUGGUGGCAGCAAUUACUUGACAGCCCUGGAUUAUAUCACAGCUUGCCAGUUAAAGCUGGAUGAAACCAUCUUCACCAUCAAGUCCUACGUGCCAUGGAACCAGAGGGGAUUGCUGCUGAAGGUCCUCCAGGAGGAAGGACAGAUGAUGCUCCAGAAGAAGAGAGAUGCCCCUGGGGUUUUCCAGCUGGCUUCUCUCUUGGUGGAGCUGGACAGCUCCGAUGAGGCAUCCCAGAUCCUGUGUGCUGAUGCCCUGUACCAGAUGGGCCGUGGGGAAGAAGCCCACAAGAUGCUGUCACUGGCCCUCUCCAGAAACCCCCAGAGGGCUCCUGUGCUGGCCAGGCUGGCCCUGCUGCAGCUCAAGAGAGGCUUUUUGUAUGAUGGCAACCAGCUGCUGAGGAGACUGAUCAGAAUUGGAGACUCCUCCUGCCUCCUGCCAGUGCUGGACAUUUUCCAGGAGGAGGACCGAAAGCUGCUGCAGAGCCACUGCCGCUGGCGAGCCCUGGCCCUCCUGAAGGGCAAACAGGAGGCUGCUGCCAUCAAAGAGGCCAUUGCCCACCUGUCCUUUGCCAUCCUUGCUGCAGGUGGUUAUGCUGAGGAUUGCCUUCUCACCAGGGCCCGAUGCUAUGGGCGCCUUGGGCAGAUGAAAACUGCAAUUUUUGAUUUUAAUGCUGUCCUGAAGGAGGAUCCCAGGAAUGUGCAAGCUCUGAGCGGCCGAGGCUUUGUUCACCUCGCUCUGAGGCAGCAGAAGGAGGCAGUGCAAGAUCUGUUCUCAGCACUGAAGGUGCAGGCAGGAGCAGUGAUCCCAGCAAUCCUGUCCUUGAAGCCUGAAACCCAAGGGUUGAUCACUGGGUGGCUCCUCCAGCAUGGCAGGGCCACUCUCAGCGAGCUCGUGGCCACCAAAGAUGUCCCAGGAGAAGAAACCCUCGGGGACCUUCUCACCAUGGCAAAAGCACUGACCAAAAUCUGCAGGGCUGCACAAUAUCACAUCUUCUACAUUGAUGUUUUGAUGGCAAAUGGAAGGCACCAAGAGGCCCUCAAGCACCUGCAGGAAGCCUUUGGCCCCUGUCCUGCUGAGGACUUUGCCAGGGCUCGCUUGGCUGUGCUGCAGCUGCAGAGCAGGAACGUGGCAGGGGCAGCUGCCCCGCUCAGUGUCCUGGCCAGGAGAGAUGAGAAGGACUUGGCCUUUCUCCUGAACUUUGUAGACACCAAGCAACAGCAGCAUCUUGCUCAGGCAGCAGCCCAGGAAGGGAAGGUGCUGAUGAAAAGCCACGACCACCAGCAGGCUCUGGGCUACCACAGCCUGGCUGUGCUGGCCAGCAGGGCCAGCCCCAGGUACCUGAGGCGCAGAGCUGCCUGCCUGAUGCACCUGAAAAAAUAUGAAAAAGCUCUGAAAGACAUGGAAAAAGUGAUCCAAGGGCAUGUCUGUAACAGCCCAAAAACACAGGCUGGGGACCACUGCUGCCAGGGCUUCCUGCUGCUGGCCCUGGCUCGGGAGGAGGCAGCAGUGCAGCACUACGUGCAAGCCCUGCAGCUGGACGAGCCCCUGACCCUGGGCACCAUCUCUGAGUGCCCUGGCAGGGAAUGUUUAACCAAAAUAUUUCACAAAAUUGCACAGUGUAACUUUGAAAAGCAGCGUUAUGAAGAGGCCUGGAAAAUCACAGACUAUGGGCUCAAAAUUGAUAAAAGUUCUGAGCUCCAGAAGCUGAAAGCAAGACUCAAAAGAGAGGCAUCGAGCUGUAGCAUACAUUGAUUUCUCUGUUUGGGGAUUUUCCAGUCUGAUUGCUUUCUGGGAGGCUGCAAGGAUGAAGGAGAGAUGAGAAAGAUAAGAAAGAGGAGAAGCUGAUGAUGAAUAUGCAACAGGCAUGACACUGAACAUGGAGUAGAAAGUUUAAGGCAGCAAAACAAAACUGACCAAGAGAGCAAUGAGGGAAAAAAGCAAAUUGCAGCAUUCAGGAUUCCUUAAAAUUAUUGUGGAUUAUGUAAACUCCCCAUUGUGAAAAAAGCCUUUUUCUGGCUAAACAACAAAUUCUAACACAGGGGUUCCAGUCCUACUGAAGGAAAACAUUCAAAACACUUGCAGCUCAUGAAUAAUAAUCAUGUAUUUCCUAGCUAGCAUUUGAUGAGCUUUAACACAUACUGUUCAAUCAAUUUGCCUUAUUUUUAGGGGCCAGUUAAAAGGAUCAGUCAAAAGUAACUCCUGUAAGGUGUUUGUGAAGGCUCUGUCUGUUGGUUACUACUGGCAGGAAAACAUGAUCCAAUUUUUUU